AAAAGAUCUGUCAGUGUGACAGACACUCAUCUUUCUCCUUCCUCUGCAUCUUACUCUGAGCGUCCGGCAGAUAAUCAUGUCCAACAACACGUCCAACGCCUGCAUCAAUGACAGCACCAAUCAAAUCAACAUCAUUUUUGUGGGCAUGUACUCCUUCAUCUCCAUCGUGGGCUUGAUUUUAAACCUCAUUGCGUUGGUGGUUUUCUGCAAUAAUGGCAGAACCAGAUCUCAUACUGUAGUCUACAUGACCCACCUGGCCUUUGCAGACCUGCUGCUCAUCCUCACACUGCCCAUGAGGAUCUACUAUCACCUGGGGUUCACUGGUCUUCAUCAGUGGAUGUGCAACAUACUGGGUUUGGUCCUGAAGGCAAACAUGUACAGCAGCAUCUUCUUCCUCAUGUUCAUUUGCUUCGACCGCUGCUUGGCUGUUAAUUUCCCGAUGUCAGCGCCGGUCCAGAAGUGGAGGAAGAAAGCGUGGCUAGUUUGUAUCGGGAUAUGGCUGCUAACAUUUGGCGCUAGUGUACCAAUCUAUCUUUCUAAGCCGUCAAACCAAACUCAGGACAAGUGUUUCGACAGCAUCCCGGUCUUCGCCAUUCAACCCAUCGUAGUUCUCCCAACGCUGUUUGUGGGCUUCGGGUUACCAUUGGUCCUCAUGCUGAUCUGCUCCUGGUUUCUGGUCCGUGCUGUCCGUCGUAGCACUGUGGCCCAGACCAACCUGGUGGACAGCUCAAAGAUCUCAAAGAUGAUCACCACCAGCCUCCUCGUCUUCCUCGUCAGCUUCCUUCCAUACCAUGCCACCCUGCUCCUCCUCUCCCUGAACAGACACAACAUCACGUGCCCCAUGCUGGAUGCACACCGCUACAGCCUGAUGGUGGCAUGUGUCAACACCGUGCUGGAUCCGGUGGCGUAUUAUUUCACAACGGACACCUUCAAGAAGAAGGUGGACAUGGGUGCAUUCAGGAGGAUGCUACCUCUGAACAGUCAGAGCUCUGACUUGACCAGAAGGGGCAGAGUGGCUGAGGACAGCUGAAGGACUGAGCCUCACUGAGCCUCUGCGCCGGAACAUCAAUGGCUGAACAAACGUGCCUGUUCUGUUUGUUCUUUUAUUUUAUAUAUGCACGCAUUCUUUGAAUUCAUUUAUAUGAGAAGCUUUAAUUUUAGAGCAUUUAUUUUGGGCACAUAAGGAUGCUGUUCAUGCAGCAUGGUCGGUCAUUUAAUAUGUAAAGCUAUGUUUAGACUGAUCUUUAUUAGAAUAUGUGAUAGAAAUCAUUAACUCUGUGGUGUCAGAGGUGCUUUGUGGUGUCUGUUCUUGUGAAGUCGUCUUUCUGCAGAAAAAACAAAACGGAAGGUGGGAGCAAACAGCGAUUGUGCAAUCCAGGCUCCUGUCUUCUGUAAUCUGAUACAUAAGCUUUAAUUAAACUCUAUUAACAGAUAUCUGUAAGCAAGUGAAGAUCUGCAGCUCAUAGAUGUCAACUCAAACUCUGUUUUUCCUCUCUUGAUUUCAAAGUCUUGCCCACAUGCCCAAAGUGUUGAUCAGAGCUCCUGUCUGCAGUAUCUUUGCCAGACAACCGCUGGUGGGUUCUGAGACUGUGUUCAGACUAGAGACGGACUGAUUACAAUCUCUACAUCAUCUGCAUUUCGAAAUAAUUGACAUGCAUGUGCUAACAAGGCCGAUUAAAAACACAAACAAUCUGCAGGCAGCCUUGUUAUCCUCCACCCACCCUCUCCUCUGCUGCAGAAAUGCUCAUCCCUGCCUUCAUAACCUCCAGACUGGAAGACAGCAUCCUCUAACUUUCAUGCACCCUGCUUCAAUUGUUAGCCUACAUGACCUUGUGUAGAUAUUACAUCAAAUCUGAACCAGCCACUGGCUGGUAUAUAAUGUGAACUCUGUUAUAAUGUUUAGAAUUAUGUUUAAUAUUGGUUCUGACAUAAAUAUCAGUCA